AUGCCGCCCCGCAACUAUCCUGACGAGAGAGACGACUACGAUGGUCAAAGCAUCCUCACAAUAUCCAGGGAGGGUGGUUUCGACCGCGCAAGCAUCUAUCCCUCGACCGACGAGGACCCCGAGGUUACAUUCGUACCAACCCCUACCGGAGCGGCCGACAGUCUUACAGAGGAGGAUAUCACCGCAGCCGGACACGGCAUCUACGCCAUGAACAUCUACACGCGGAAGUGCAGUCCGGAGUAUGUCGCCGACUAUUUCCCCUUCAAGGAUGUCGGCCACCAGCGGUUUGACGUUUGA